AUGCUCACAGACAGCAUGAGAGUACAAGUGUUCAAGCUGGCAAAAGAAGUUCUAGAGACACUUGGAACUGACUGGCUCGCUCCGGACGUUAGUCUACUCGUGUUGCUUGUUCAUCUCGUUGUUGUGCAGAUGCGAAUGUGUUUGGACAAGCCGGAGACCAUCAAUACAGAAAGCUUGGCUGUCUGUUUCUCCAUAUUGGAGUCAGCUAUACGAUGUGCCGAAGAAUCCUCCUUUGUCGAAGAUGCUGCUGCAACACAAGUAGCCACCUCAGUACGCGAGGCGGCGCUGUAUUCCAUACAGUAUUUGGUUGAGGCUAAAGAGCAGAAGGAGGAGUUAUCCGCUGAUGUGGGUAUACCUUAA